UGAGAAUAAAGUUUUUGAAGCAUCAUUGCAGGAGCUGGUAACGUUAAAGAAGACCGGGGUUUUGAAGAACCGUGCUCUCUUAUGAGGCGACGUAAACGCCUCCAGCGAACAAGGUGUUUAGAACAGACGUGUGAUAUUCGCAGCCGCCUUCCCCACCGCAGGAGCCGGACGCAAUGCAGGUCAUCUGACACCCCGCCCAUUUGUCGUUCUUCAGAGUGGCGCGUAAUGACGCAGCUGGACGGUUUGCUGCUCGGUUUGCUGCUCGGUUUGCUGCUCGGUUUGCUGCUCGGUUUGCUGCUCGGUUUGCUGCUCGGUUUGCUGCUCGGUUUGCUGCUCGGUUUCCAUUAACUGAUAGCAGUUGAAUACCGCCCUCGCAGACGCGAUAGCAAGGCGGUGAAUAGCUGCUA